GUGGAGAAUACGUCUCGUGGGUGGAGUCGGCUAGGGCGCAGCGUUCGCAGUUGGAAUCCUCCACCCAAAGCAGAAGCCUCCGCCGCCGCAGCGCCGCUACUCUUGCAUCGCCUCCGCCGUAGCCGCGCGCGCCCUUCCCGUCGCCGCUUCCACCUCGAUCUCCGCCGGAGAGGGCGUCCGCCGCCAUGUCUCAGAACAACCCCUCCCAGCUCCUCCCCUCAGAGCUGAUUGACCGCUGCAUCGGGUCCAAGAUUUGGGUGAUUAUGAAGGGUGACAAGGAGCUCGUCGGCACUCUCUGUGGGUUCGAUGUGUACGUCAACAUGGUGCUCGAGGACGUUACUGAGUAUGAAUACACUGCUGAAGGCCGUCGCAUAACAAAGCUUGAUCAGAUACUCCUAAACGGCAACAAUAUAGCUAUUUUGGUUCCUGGUGGUUCUCCCCCAGAUGUGGCAUAAGCAAGCACUUCCGUGAUAUACCUGCUUGAGGCUGAUGGAGGCACAGACCGGUGUUUCCUUACUUCAAAUGUAUUUCUUCCAUUUGUGGCUGUACUGAACUUUCUUAGUUAACUGACCUGAAGUAGUGUACCUGCAACAGUUGCUCCUACAUGAUUUGGCAAUGCUAAGUAUGAGGUACCUCUUGUAGCUGUUUAUUACCAUUCUUCUGCAACCUGACUCAGUAAACACUAGGUGGUUGAAGAAACCUGAUAAUGGAGAGCAUAUCUACAAUUGUUGUAUUUGUGGUUCAGCAGUGUUGGACUUGAUAAUCUUUUUGCUGCAUGCUUC